GGUUGGGGCUGUCAUGGACAUCCUGAAGGGAGAGAUUAGCCGGAAGCGGCAGCAGCUGGAAGAGAAGGAGCUCGUGGGGGGAAAUAAGAAGUAUUUCAAACGCAGCGAGUUAGCCAAAAAAGAGGAGGAGGCUUACUUUCAGAGAUGCGGCUACAAGCCUGUAAAUGAGAAGCCACCUGGAGAGAAUGUUUGUAAGUUAAAAUGUGUACAGCAGCAAGAGGAAGAGGAGAAACCACUGAGUUCAUCAAAUCCAGUGCUGGAACUUGAACUGGCAGAAGAAAAGUUACCAAUGACCCUUUCCAGACAGGAGGUUAUCAGGAGGUUACGAGAGAGGGGUGAGCCCAUCAGGCUGUUUGGGGAAACAGAUUAUGAUGCAUUUCAGCGUCUGAGGAAGAUAGAAAUCCUUGCACCUGAAGUGAACAAGGGCCUGAGAAAUGACCUGAAAGCUGCUUUGGAUAAGAUUGACCAGCAGUAUCUGAACGAAAUUGUAGGUGGACAAGAAGCAGGAGAUGAUGACUCACAGAACGAUUUGAAAGUCCAUGAGGAGAAUACUACUAUUGAAGAACUAGAAGCUCUGGGAGAAUCCUUAGGACAGGGUGAUGACCACUAUGAUAUGGACAUCAUAACAAAGUUCUUGAAGUUUCUUCUUGGAGUUUGGGCUAAGGAGCUGAAUGCCAGAGAAGACUAUGUGAAACGGGGUGUGCAGGGGAAGCUCAACAGUGCCACUCAAAAGCAAACAGAAUCAUACCUGAGGCCUCUCUUCAGAAAGCUUCGGAAGAGGACGCUUCCUGCAGACAUCAAAGAAUCAAUAACAGAUAUUAUUAAAUUCAUGUUGCAAAGAGAGUAUGUGAAGGCAAAUGAUGCCUAUCUUCAGAUGGCUAUUGGAAAUGCUCCCUGGCCUAUUGGUGUCACCAUGGUUGGCAUCCACGCUCGAACGGGUCGUGAAAAGAUUUUCUCCAAGCACGUAGCCCACGUUCUCAACGAUGAGACUCAAAGGAAGUAUAUUCAGGGGCUGAAGAGGCUCAUGACCAUUUGCCAGAAGCACUUCCCCACAGACCCAUCCAAGUGUGUGGAGUACAACGCGUUAUGAGGCUCUGCAGUGUCCAAGGCGUGACUCAGGCCAUGAUCUCCAAGACCCAGAGAGGACUGAGAAGGCAGAGUUUGUGCUUUAACACCAGCAGGAUCCUAGGGUGGGCUUUGCAAGACACCAUAAAGCAGUGGAUUUUCUCCAGCUGCCUUUUUACAGUCCCCACUUACUGAGAUUUAUUUUUAAAUCUAUGCUUUGUGCUGAACACCUCUGAUGCAGAGCA